AUGCCAACACAGGCUUUGAGGAUGCUUGGCCUGCUUGGAGUGCAAUGUAUAAGUGUUAGGACAUUCUUUCGACACCAGCAACUAUACACGAUCCCCACCAUCAUUGGAACGUGGAAGAACAAACAAGCACAAAUUCUGAACCAACUGAAGGCCAAAGAGGGAGGGCUUAUUCUUGCUGGCGACUGCAGAUCUGAUUCACCGGGGCAUUGUGCUAAAUUUGGAACAUACACCGUAAUUGAGGAGAGGAUAAACAAAGUUUUGGACCUUCAACUUGUUCAGAGCUCGGAAGUACCCAAUAGUAAUUGGUGUGAAUUGGAGGGACUAAAGCGGACCAUCAACCUUCUUUCUAAGGAGAAAAUUAGUGUCUCUACGCUUGUGACUGAUCGAAAUCGCCAGGUGGCCAAGUGGGUGCGUGAGAAGGGUUCACGUCCAGAAGGCACAAAACAUUUCUUCGAUAUUUGGCAUGUUAGUAAAGGUUUAAAGAAGGCUUUGGAUGCUGCCUCUAAAGAGCAACACUGUGAGGAUCUCGCCCUCUGGAAAGCUGCAGUUAUAAACCAUCUUUACUGGACUGCUGCAUCCACACCUGAUGGCAAUCCUGAAGUGUUGGAGGCAAAGUGGACUAGUUUGGUGAACCAUGUCCAGGACAUCCACACUCACAAGAGCCCCUGGUUUCCAGUCUGUGCUCAUCCUCCUCUGGAAGGAGAAACCAGAGAGAAGCAGUGGCUGGAACCAGGAUCCCUGGUAUCCAUAAAGCUGGAGAGCAUGGCGAUGCGGCCGAUGUUUGUUAAAGAUGUGCGACAACUGUCGCCCUCACAUCAGACCUAUUCACUUGAGGCGUUCCAUGCGCUCAUUCUCCACUUUGCACCGAAACACACUGGGUUCUCCUUCCUGGGCAUGUAUAGCAGGCUUCUUCUUGCUGCCCUUCACUUCAACCAUAACAGCAACAGAGAAGUUCUGCGAUCUGACGGUGAGGUCCGCCAUCAAGUACGGUACCCACGGUUUAUGAAGGGUACUGCAGUGGUCCGUCCAAUGAAGGAGACUCCGUCAUAUGAAUAUGCGUUUGAUCUUAUGGAGCAUCUGCAUCGAACCUACAGCAGCACUCCGGAGGAACUCACUGCCCUGUCCAGACUCUGUCCAGACUCUGUCCAGACCCUGUCCAGACCCUGUCCAGACUCACUGAUCUGUCCAGACUCUGUCCAGACUCACUGCUCUGUCCAGACUCACUGCCCUGUCCAGACUCUGUCCAGACUCUGUCCAGACUCUGUCCAGACUCUGUCCAGACUCACUGCCCUGUCCAGACUCUGUCCAGACUCUGUCCAGACUCUGUCCAGACUCUGUCCAGACUCACUGCCCUGUCCAGACUCUGUCCAGACUCACUGCUCUGUCCAGACUCUGUUCAGACUCUGUCCAGACUCUGUCCAGACUCACUGCCCUGUCCAGACUCACUGCCCUGUCCAGACUCACUGCUCUGUCCAGACCCUGUCCAGACUCUGUCCAGACUCACUGCUCUGUCCAGACUCUGUACAGACUCACUGCUCUGUCCAGACUCUGUACAGACUCACACCCUGUACAGACUCACUGCCCUGUCCAGACUCUGCCCAGACUCUGUCCAGACUCACUGAUCUGUCCAGACUCUGUCCAGACUCACUGCUCUGUCCAGACUCUGUCCAGACUCACUGCUCUGUCCAGACUCUGUCCAGACUCACUGCUCUGUCCAGACUCUGUCCAGACUCACUGCUCUGUCCAGACUCACUGCUCUGUCCAGACUCACUGAUCUGUCCAGACCCUGUCCAGACUCAUUGCUCUGUCCAGACUCUGUCCAGACUCACUGCUCUGUCCAGACUCACUGCCCUGUCCAGACUCACUGAUCUGUCCAGACCCUCUCCCAUCUUCUACCUGGGGGAGACGCAGUAUCAUGUGGAUGAGAGCGAUGGUUGGGUGGAGGUGCAGGUGUGGAGGACCGGGACAGACCUGACCAGCUCCGGCAGCGUCACGGUCCAGUCCCGCAAGACCAGCCCACUGUCCGCUCAGGGGGGGUGGCAGUCAGAGAUGCCACCCAAGUCUCAUAGCACCAGCCCCUCACUGACCCUCUGCAGGUGUUAUAGUUUUCAGUGUCUGAUGAUCCUGUGUCUGAUGAUCCUGUGUCUAAUGAUCCUGUGUCUGAUGAUCCUGUGUCUAAUGAUCCUGUGUCUAAUGAUCCUGUGUCUGAUGAUCCUGUGUCUGAUGAUCCUGUGUCUGAUGAUCCUGUGUCUGAUGAUCCUAUGUCUAAUGAUCCUGUGUCUGAUGAUCCUGUGUCUGAUGAUCCUGUGUCUGAUGAUCCUGUGUCUGAUGAUCCUGUGUCUAAUGAUCCUGUGUCUGAUGAUCCUGUGUCUGAUGAUCCUGUGUCUGAUGAUCCUGUGUCUGAUGAUCCUGUGUCUCUGUGGUUUUCAAGUAGAACUCUCUCAGUUCCUUUUGUUUGAGGCACUAUCAAAAACACAAAUGUUCCAAAGUUAA